AUGGAGCAGUCAUCGCCGCAGAAUCUCAUUCGCGGCCUGCCCCGUGCUCCUGUAAAUCCCGGCUCGUUCCCCCCCGAGUAUUGGAAUCAUCUGGAUUCAUUAUACCCUGACUCGGAUCAACAUGCAGCGCAUCCACCACCACAACAACGGCUGCAACCAGAGCCGCAGCCGUCGCAGCCACAGCAACCGAUUGGUAUUAGUUGGGACCAUCCAGUCUUCAGUCAACAACACUCUCAGCAAACAACUCCAUUGCCCCCCCAACAGGAGCCUGGCCAUGGCAUAUAUCCUUCAUCCACGCCUCAGUCGUGGCGAACCACAUCUCUGCAUCAACAACCGAUAAUGCCGUCAGCUCCCCAGGGGUUUGCGAUGCCCGCUCAGUACCGGCAGGUACCUCAAUACCCCCAGGGACAAAUGCCAUUUGGCUCGCGACCUCUGGCUCCGUCGGAUAACUCUGCCUUCCAAACAUUCUCGGUUCCUCGUAACUAUUUUGGCCAACAGCAUUUAUCUAUCCCGGACACAUUUUCUCAGUCACCUACUCCGCAAGCCGCUCAGGCACAAUCAUCGCAAUCAGUCCCGUAUCAGCCUGUUGGACACUCUCACGCGAUCAAUCCUUACAACCUAUCAACUGCAUUUCCGGAUGAGAACUCGCAUUCGUCACUGAACCUCGCCAGUGAAUUUGCUGAGCCUGUCCCGAAUGUGACUGAUCAUCAGACCAUUAACCCCCAAUUCCUUGAUACAGCGCAGGCCACUAACCAACAUCCAUCGUUCACUAAUUUCCUUUAUGUAAAUCCAGCCGACUUCGAGCCCCAUGAGGACCCAAAGGUAUUUGACUUUUACCGAAAUGAUCUGCAAUUGCAGUCAGUUCUGCCACCUGCCGUUAACAAUCACGACGCUGUUGUGCGCCACCAGAACUUUGACAUUCUGGCACCGACAAAUGGUCAAAAACCGUCGGCCGUUCCUAUGCCAGUUAAGGGAGCUGAAACUCGGAAAAAGCAGCCUGGUAUAAAGAAGCAGACCAAGAAAACUGUGACUAAAUUUCCUAGUAAGAAAGCGGAUGGAAAAUUAUCGGCGUCCUCGAGCUCCUCGAGUGAGACCGAUGAUUCAGAUCUUGAAAUUGAACAAGCCCCCGAAGAGCCAUCUCCUAUUCCAUUAACUCGUCCCACUGAGCCUGAAGCAGCUGCGAACUAUGACGUUCUUCGAGCUGUGUGGUCUCCGCGUAAUAGGCGACCUAAUGUGGACAAAGUCAAGAGUGCACUAGUUGCAUUUAAAGAUGUUGUCAAAACUGUAAGGGAUGCGUGGAAAGACAAGACCCAAGCUAUGAAAGCCGCAGAGAACAAGGGUGACAAUGAUAAAGCUGCACGGCUUAAGCAAGAUGCUGCUCUUCAGCGUCGCCUGAUGGACGUGGUUGUCAGUACCGCGUUGGACAAAGGCCACCCAAUGAUUAUUGAGAAGUUGGGUGAGCAUCCAAUGGCCGUGGCUGCCAUGUAUUCAUUUUUGCUAGAUCGGCACCAAGCUUCUGACAUUGAUGGAUCAUUCACUCUGAACAUUCUUAAGCUGCUUUCCCGCUUUACCACAGUGGAUGAGGAUGUCCUUCAGAAAACGAAUGUUGCCAAACUAUUGCCUAGAUUCGUCAAGAAGGGUGGUCCAACAGCUAAGGACCUGGCACAGAGGAUAUUGGACAAUGCUGCCGCAUUCACCAAACGGAAGCGGGAAAUCACGAAGCCAGUAUCAAAGGAAGGGUCGCUUAAUAAACAGCCCAGUACCUCUGAUACGACUCCCUCGGAGGGCCAACGUACCGAGGCAAGUGGAGCUAAAAGGCAGCGAGAAACUGACAGUAACGUAUUGCCCGCUACGAAACGAAUGGUUGUUACAUCAAAUAUCAAAAAUCCCCCGAAACCAAAUGUCACCACUGCGAAUGGCACUGUUAAAAAGCCCCAGGAGGCGUCUGCGGCAAAUCCAUCUCGUCCCAAAGCCAACAUUGUCGCACCUAAGCCUACUAAUCUCUUUGGGAGUUUGAGCUCAGCUUCGAAAAGACCCGGUACUUCCAAUGCGGAGAGAGCUGCUGCGGCGGCGGCGGCGGCGGCGGAGGCGUCUAAGAGCAGCGCAUCCGCCGAAAAGAAAGAGCCUCAGACCGCUCCCCCGAGACCAGCUUACUCUUUUGGUGACUUAAUGGCAGACCUCAAUAAGCAGAAAGAUCCUGUACCUUCCAAGCCUGCUGAAGAUAUGCCCCCUGAGACCGAGGAAGAACGGAAGAAAAGACUUCGAAAGGAGGCACGACGAAAGCUGCGCGUCAGCUGGAAACCUGAUAAUAAGCUGGUUGAAGUUCGCACUUUUACACACGACCCUGAGGAGGAACUUCACCUAGGUGACCAUGCACAGCAUGAAGUGGGAGAUGUGAAAGGAGAAGGUAGUGUGCUCAAACUUCAUAGAGAUCUUGACGAGCUGGACGACGAUGAAGAUGGUGGAGUCCGAGAAGAAUCCUUGCUUGAUUACUACGAACCGACCGCUAUCGACGAUGUGUAUAUUUCACCUGAAGAUCGCACCAGAAACUUUUUGAAACGCUGUGGCACCCAGAAGCCUAACAGUCCAGAGAAGCAGGCACAAGAGCAUAGAGAAGCCACCACACUCAUGGUGUUUUAUACUUCUCCAGCAGAGAUACCACCAUCACCGAAGGAGCCGCCUCCACCAAGCGAUGAGGAAAUAGUGCCGGAAGUGGUUAAUUUUGGAGAAUUUCCUGAUUAUGUGAAGGCUCGACAAGAGCGAUACUACUCGAUGAUCAACCCUAAACCUGCCCCCUCGGCUCAACUGAGUGCACAAAGUAAUCAAUUUGACAUUUCAAACUUAUUGAAGAUCAUUCAAAAUGCUCCUCAACAGCAACAGUCGGCUCCGUCGCCAGCACCUCAGCCAGCACCUCAGCCAGCACCACAGGGGCCGAUGUCUGACCUUGAGCGAACAAUCAGCAUGUUUCGUCAACAGCAACAGCAACAGCAGCAGACUCCACAGCAUCCACAGUCGCAGAUGCUCCAUAUACCUCAGUUUCCUUCGGCUUCCCAACCACCUGCUACACCGGGCCUUGAUUUCCAAAAGAUAUUGGCUGUCAUCAAUGCCCAGAAACAGAUGCAACAGCCACCUGUAAAGCCGCAGCCUCAGCCAUCACAGCCAAGCAUUGCACCGAACCUUGCUGCCAUCAUAUCCCAGCUUACCAACUCUAACCCAUCAGCGGGCCCGAACAUUUCUCAGCAGCCAAAUACUUACGAAGACCCUGAACGCAAACGCAUGCGCGAAGGAAAUGGGUAUGACGGACCUGAUGAGGAUAGUUAUGGUCAAGCUAAGCGUAAUAGGCCUAGUACCGCCAAGAAACACCCCAAAGCCGGAUUGGUUCCUUGCCGGUACUGGUCCGAAGGAAAGUGCGCAAAAGGUGACGACUGCACUUUUCGCCACGAUCCUCUGAAUUAG